AUGGAAGAAGUUGUCAAGCGGGUGCCAUUGGAUACUUCAAGAGAUCCAUUUGAUGAAGUACAGAUCAAGUCAAAGGUCGACUUCACCACAGAAGAGAGAAAACAAGAAGAGCUCGACAAUCUUGCCAAAAGCAUCAUCUCCAGAACAGUCCCAGACAAGCACGUCACCAAAAUCAUUAAGUGCAAGACUGUAAAGGAGAUGUGGGACACUCUAGAAGGAAUGUGCAUUGGAUCAGAGGAGAUAAAUGAGAAUAAGCUAUCUAUAGCUUGUCAAAAGUUUGACUCCUUCCUCAUGCUCAAGAAUGAAUCAAUCGACGAGAUGGAGCUCAGAUUCAAUCAUAUCCUCAAUGAAAAUAAGCCAGGAUUCAACCAGCGACCAACGAACAAGCUUUUUUCAGAUCUCGUGGCAAAUGAAUUCGACAUCCAGAGAAAUCUAGAAACAAAGAAAGUUGGAGGAUUAGACGAUGAUGCUCCAUCAGUAUCGAAAAGAGCAGCGCUGAAAGUUUCAGCAAAGGAGAGCAAGAAACAGUCGAAUGAACCGACUAAACUCAAACCUGAGACUUCUUCAGAAAAGAGAGAGAGCAAGUGCAGAUAUUCCGCUGACAGAAGCGGACAAAGGAAAGCAUCCACAACUGAUCUAAAAGAUGUGGAAUGCUAUGGAUGCAAGAAGAAAGGGAACUACAAAUCAGAAUCCCCUGAAUUGUCGCAAGCAGAGCGCAAAGAGAUGAAAGCCAGGAGAGAUCGCAAUUAUGCGAAGAAGAAAGUGAGGGUUGCUAAAGAUGCAGGAUCUUCCGAAUAUGCAUCAGAAUUAUCCGCCUUCAACUCCACCAGCUCAGUUGAUGAGAACCAAGCCCUCAUGGCUAAGGACACCGAAAGCGUAGCUGACAACACUGGCAACAGCUACGACAAUAGAAUGAAUGGGCCAGAGGAGACAACUCAGAAUUUGAAGGUAGCUCGGGAGAACAGCCGAUUGGAAGAAAAGCUCAAAAUUUCUACAUCGGAAUGUGAGAGAGCCUCACAUGAAAUCAAGAGGCUCACUUACAAACUGGAGGAAACAGUCAAUGACUGCAUGAAGAAAUCUCCCAUGAUGAACAACUUUCCAUCAAAAGCCAUUGUGGAGAAUAUCGGAGGAAAAGUGGUUCCUGUCGAUAAAGGAAAGAAAGUCAUAAUCUAG